AUGGCUGCAGUUCGCCCAGCCCAAAUGCUGGCUGUCCUGUCCAUAGUUGCCGGAGCAGCUGCAUCCAAUAUCACUGCUCUUCUGCCCCAUCUUUCCUCGUCCAGCGAAGUGUUCUAUCCCAAAGAUGCAGACUGGGGCGAUAUCAUCCAGCGAUGGACCGCCUGGGAUGAGCCCACUUUCUCACUGGCUAUCAAGCCCGGCUCAGUCGCCGAUUUGCAGACGAUUGUCAAAUUCGCCACCAGUCAGAAUCUACCAUUCUUGGCCAGCGGAGGUGGCCAUGGAUAUAGCACCUCAUUCGGGGCUCUUCAGCAGGGGCUUCAAAUUGAUAUGGGAUCGUUCGACAGUAUCCAAAUCGAUGCUGAGAAGAGCACGAUGACCAUCGGUGGUUCCGUUAAGUUUUCACAAAUUAUGGAGCCUCUCUUCAAUGCUGGAAAGGAAAUUCGGCGCUAUCAGGGUCUGCACGGUCUGAUUAUCGAUGCGCUGGAGUCCGUGGAACUUGUCACGGUGAAGGGCGAUCUCAUCACUGUGUCGGCUACGGAGAACGCAGACCUAUUCUGGGGUCUGCGCGGCGCCGGCUUCAACUACGGCAUCGUCACCUCGGCCACAUAUAAGGUGUAUGAUCUCACCAACAAGGGCAACGUACUCAAUGCCGACUUCAUGUUCCCUGCCGAGCUCAACGAGACCUACUUCGAGAUUCUAGCUAGCUAUGACACCCUCCCAGCGGCGUUGUCAUUGUACACCUUGGUGAUGAACGAUGCUGCCGCAGGACCCGUGAUCCUUCUGAACGCCGUGUACCCUGGUCCCGAGCAAGAGGGUCUCGACCUCCUGGCCCCGUUCCUCAACCUCACCUAUCUCGAGCGCAACAUCUCCAUGAUUACCUGGGAUGCGGUCGACGCCGACGCCGGUUUUGGUCUUGCCAAGGCCUUCUGCGUCAACGGCGAGAAACACGAUAUGUGGUCCCUCGGCGUCCGCACCAUUGACGCGGCCACCCACAUCGCCUACUUCAACCAACUCGCACAAUUCUGGUCGGAUUACCCGGCCGCGUCCGGGAGCACUUGGCAGGUGGAAUACUUUCCUGUCCAAGCUGUGACGGCCGUGGCUGAUGCAUCGACUGCCUAUCCCCAUCGAGAAAUCCGUGCUCAUGAGUACUUCCUCAACCUCCUGUCCUUGCGCACAUCUGCAGAUAACAGCAGACGCAUGACUGACCCGGUGUUUAUGAUUAGAAUGUUCUCCUUCAACCUCACCGAUUCAUCCAUCGGAACAUCUGUCGACGACUUUGCCCUUGCAGCUCUGGAGACCUUCAACGCGACCAGCGGGUUCGACGAUCUUCAUAUCUACGUCAGCUAUGCGCACGGAACAGAGGGACUGGACCCUAUGUAUGGAUCCGAGAAAUUGUCGCGCUUGUUGGCACUGAAGAAACAGUGGGAUCCCCAGGGCUUCUUCAGCUACAACAACGGGUUGCCGCACUGA